AGGGCGUUGGGGCAGCUCCUGUGACAGACGGAGCUGGAGCGGCGGGGCGGCGGCGGAGUCCGGCGGCGGAGAUAGCGAGUGAGCGAGCGAACGAGCAGCGACCUGGGGGUCUAGGGAUCGAGAAAGAGGAGGGAACGCUCGGGCACGAGCGAGAGAAGCCGCGAGCGCCAGGCUUGGGCUCGAGCCCCAGAACGGCAAAGGAGCCCGCCCGCUCCCCUCCCCUCCCCCUCCCCGGGACCGGGCCCAGCGCGCCAUCCUCCCCCUCCCUCCUUCCCUCCCUCCCUCCUUCUUCCCUUCCCUCUCCCUCUCCCCCUCCCCCGCCGGUGGAUGGGAGUGAAGGACGGAAGAGGCCCUGCGGAGGCGGCAGUGCAGCGCUCCGGUGGAAUGAACCUUACUUGUUGAAUAUCUCCCGAUUUCUGGUUGGAUUCACUUGUAAAAGGAUCAUUUUCCCCUGCGUGGAAGCCACUUGGUGGCAUAUUUAACUGUGUAAAUCCAGGGAUCACAAAACUUUUUAAGUUCCCAAAGGAGGGAGAUACCACUAAAUCAGAUAAGCUUGACAUUACAGCCAAAAUGGUGCUGUCCCAGAGACAACGAGAUGAACUAAAUCGAGCUAUAGCAGAUUACCUUCGUUCAAAUGGCUAUGAAGAGGCAUAUUCUGUUUUUAAAAAGGAAGCUGAGUUAGAUAUGAAUGAAGAAUUAGAUAAGAAAUAUGCUGGUCUUUUGGAAAAAAAAUGGACAUCUGUUAUUAGAUUACAAAAAAAGGUUAUGGAAUUAGAAUCAAAACUAAAUGAAGCAAAAGAAGAAUUUACGUCAGGUGGACCUCUUGGUCAGAAACGAGACCCAAAAGAAUGGAUUCCCCGCCCACCAGAAAAAUACGCAUUGAGUGGUCAUAGGAGUCCAGUCACUCGAGUCAUUUUCCAUCCUGUGUUCAGUGUUAUGGUCUCUGCAUCAGAAGAUGCUACAAUUAAGGUGUGGGAUUAUGAGACUGGAGAUUUUGAACGAACUCUUAAGGGGCACACAGACUCUGUACAGGAUAUUUCAUUUGACCACAGUGGCAAGCUUCUGGCUUCCUGUUCUGCAGAUAUGACCAUUAAACUAUGGGAUUUUCAGGGCUUUGAAUGCAUCAGAACCAUGCACGGCCAUGACCACAAUGUUUCUUCAGUAGCCAUCAUGCCCAAUGGAGAUCAUAUAGUGUCUGCCUCAAGGGAUAAAACUAUAAAAAUGUGGGAAGUGCAAACUGGCUACUGUGUGAAGACAUUCACAGGACACAGAGAAUGGGUACGUAUGGUGCGACCAAAUCAGGAUGGCACCCUGAUAGCCAGCUGUUCCAAUGACCAGACGGUGCGUGUAUGGGUGGUAGCAACAAAGGAAUGCAAGGCCGAGCUCCGAGAACAUGAGCAUGUGGUAGAAUGCAUUUCCUGGGCUCCAGAAAGCUCAUAUUCUUCCAUCUCUGAAGCAACAGGAUCUGAGACUAAAAAAAGUGGCAAGCCUGGGCCAUUCCUGCUGUCUGGAUCCAGAGACAAGACUAUUAAGAUGUGGGAUGUCAGUACUGGCAUGUGCCUUAUGACUCUUGUGGGUCAUGAUAACUGGGUACGUGGAGUUCUGUUCCAUUCUGGGGGAAAGUUUAUUUUGAGUUGUGCUGAUGACAAGACCUUACGUGUAUGGGAUUACAAGAACAAGCGAUGCAUGAAGACCCUCAAUGCGCACGAACACUUUGUUACCUCCUUGGAUUUCCAUAAGACGGCACCAUAUGUGGUUACUGGCAGUGUAGAUCAAACAGUAAAGGUGUGGGAGUGCCGUUGAUUGAGUCUCAUUUGGCCCCUCCUCCCUUUUUUCCUCUGGAUGCACUCUGAUGAUACCAUGGUUACCCCAUUGAGCUCUGUUUAAAUAAAUAUUGUCCUUUCAUGUAAAUUAUUCUGGAUGUAGAUUGAGCUUAUUAAAUGUUACACACAAAGUAUUCAUGCAUGGUGAAUCCAAAUUGUAUACUGUAAAUUUACAUACGUUGUCUAGAAGUAUCAUAGGGUUUAAAAACCUGGGCUGGCAUUGGUCACACCAGGCCUAAGAAGGCAGAAGUUGAAUAAAUUGAACUAGGGCACUAAACUGAAUAGUUGACAGUGUCAUUUUAUGUUGGAUUAUUAAUUCCUGUUUUCCUUUCUGCUAUCUGUUGGUGCCUGACUUGAUGGCCUCAUUUGGGGAAAGGUUGUGGUUAUUAGGGCUUUUUCUGAAAUGUGUAUCUAUGUAACAUCACUUAAGUGUGCUUAAUAAAUCUUCUUUAAGAUGUUAGAUAAUAAGGCUACGAUUCAAAGUCUUCUAAAACAUCUAUGUAAUUUAAUGGGGAUCACACAUUGGAAUUUUUGGAAUGACUCAAUCGCCAAAUCAGUAGGAUAUAUCUGUUUGGCAGCCUAGCAGGAAAGGCUCGUGGUGUGUUUAUGUAAGAGUGACUAUCAAUCUCAAAUAAGAAUAAUCUCGGCAUUUAACACCAAGUCAUUUAUUUCCUUUGGGUCGUAAUGCUUUGUAAACAGGUUUUUUUUAAAAAAAAAAAAAAAAAAACACUGUAAUACUCUAAGCUUUUAUUUUCCACACUAGACAUACUUCUAGUUGUAUUCUCCAUACUAUUAAACUGUAUAGUGGUAUGACUUCCAAAUAGAACUUAAGCUCCCUAUUUUGUGUGUCAUGGUACAAAUCACUAUUUGUUUUUGAUGUUUUAUAGGGAUGUGCAAUGUGCAUUACAUAAUGACAGAGAAAUAUUGAAAAGGUUAUGGUUGCCCAUCUUUAGGGAGUGGAAGAAAUACAGUAGUUUGUUUUUCACCAUGGAUCUGAUAUCAGUUUGAACUGUUUUUAACUUUCAAGUUUAAAACAGUUACAGGGUUUAAUGGAAUGUGCAUAAAAGUACUGUUUUCACUUUUGUUUAUAUACAAUGUUUAUAAGUAUAUGGGCCUAUCUGUAAAUGGGUAAGUCUGUAUAUAUAUACCACACACAUGCCACCUUUCUGUACUUGAGCCCUAGGUUUUUAAUGAAAUGCUAAAACGUGUAAUUAGAAUAAAUCUUGCUAUGGAAUACCAUGCUUUAGAACAAACCCUUUUUGAUGGUAAUGAUUCUGAAAAGUUGUGGGAAUUUUUCCUAAACUGAAGAAAAAUCACUUUAGUUAUUUUUCCCCCUAAAUUGGAACAUUCAGCAUUUUACACAUCCCUGAUGUUAUUGUAUAUGUUGAUUCAAAGUUACUACAAGUAGAUUUAAGAGAACCUUUAUCCAUGACUUAACGGAACAAUAUUCCAUUGCAGAUUAUUAAUAAAGAAUUCCAUUGCUUACCUAACCAAUUUCUUUUUUAAAGAAAGUCAUUUGAAAAGUUAACAAACAAUGAAAUAAUAGUGACAGGUUAACAAAGAUAAGUUUAUUCUGAAUUGUAUUUUAUUCAUUUGUGUAAUAUGUGAUUUUUUAAAUGUCCAGUUGAAUAAUUAAUGGAAAUUUGGUUCCUGAAAAAGACAAAGGGUGAGAGUUAGCGCCCUGUAGAUACACACAGAGAAUAGGCCAUGCAUUUACUAGAAGCAGCUUAAUGUCCAGCUUGUGUUUCUUAUCUGUCUUUUUUUUUCCCCCCCCUAAUAAUUCCUGAGAGACCUCUCUGGAAGAGAAAGUGUUUUGAGAACUAAUGGCUAUAUUUAAGGACAAUACAUUACAAUUUAAGCUAAUUCCUUAAAUACAGUAGAAUAACUUUCAGGACAAUAUUGCCUCACAACCCUGCUUACAUUGAGGAGUCUGUCCCUCAACCCUCCCUCAGCUGUUCUGACUGGAUUUUUCUACAGAAGCUAUGGAAAAUAUCUUUGUUCUCGUUUGCUGCUAUUUCCUGUCUUAAUUUGAGAAAUAUAAAUACAUAGAAAUGGUGCAUCUUAACAUUUGUUUGUACAUGUAUAAAUGUCUUGUGUUUUUAUUCAUUUUUAGCAUGUAGCAACACAAAUUGUUUAAGGGUAAGCCACAACAUCUAGAAAUCAUUCAUAGAGAUGAACAAUAAAGGAAAAAAUGGUACCGAUUUAGGAAGAAAUUAAGCUGCUUGUCCGCUGAGUUUCUUCCCCUGCAGCCUAUGGUGACUUUUGUUGACAAAGGAGGAGAAACAAUAUUACUCUGUAAGCAAAGUUAUCCUUACUUGAGAGAUUGCCACAGCCUGCUGCUUAGUUGAGUUACCAGACAUCCUCCAUUUAAGAAGCAGCGAACAUUGAAUCUCAGGGAUGGUCCUCAACUGGAUCCAAAUGUAACAAGCCCUGUUUGAAUAAUGAAGGAGGGUGGGGGAGAGCCAUCCAUCCACAAUCCGGAAUCAGAUUUGCAAAGGCUUCCUGUACUGUUGUUUGACACUGCCCUGUUGGUGCCCUUCCUUACUGUUUUCUCUGUCUGCUGUCUAACCCUGUGCCUUGCCUGGGAUAAGUACAAUGAUGAGGUUACUGGUUUGGAUUGUAAGUAGAGGAAUUUAUUAAUUGGUUUAGAGGUUCACUGCUGCUUUGUCACUUUCUUAAUCAAAUUGGCCAUCUAUUGAAGAAACAAAAAGCUGGUAGAACUGCAUCCUCAGAUGAUUAUUGACUUUGGUGUGUGUGAAGCCAAGAACAGACAUUCCAGUGCCACCCUAAUAAACCGUGCCCAAGAAGUCCUAGCUGCACUCUUGAAAGUGCAAGCCACGUAACCUGUGGUUGAGACAUCACGUGGCGAAUAGUUGCUGUUUGACAUGGCAUCUUGCACUUUAGGAGACUAAUACCGUCCUGUUGUGUCUGUGUGGUGUGACCAGUUGUGUGCCCAGAGCACUACUCUGAAAAAUCACUAGUGUUAGCAAGUCGUCCCGGGCUGUGGAGCGCUCGCUGUAGUCUUUCCGAAGCUUUGGCUCUAGAUUCACCAAGCCCAGUCUCCUUCCUGUCAGUGCCCUGCUCUCCUGUUCGCCUCUUUCUGUUUCUAUGUGAACUUCCAGGUAAUAUCACUCGUUAAAUAGUUUUUUGUUUUUGUUUUUGUUUUUCAAACUUACUUAAAACUAUUUAAAAGUAAAAGAUGUUUUGUUGACAGUGGUGGCUUGAUAAUCCUUAAGCAACUGAAGUUUAAAAAAAAAUUGUUGAAGAAAAAGGCACUUAAAAUGGUAACAUUUUCUGUCCAGCUGUAUAUGAGUCCAAUGUGUUAAUUACUCUAGAUGAUGCAAAGAAGAAUCUCAUGGUAGAGAAGCGAUAUGUACAAAAUUGGUGGAAAAGGUUUUGGGUUUUUCCAGCGGGUGGGGGGAGGGCAAGAUGGAUUUACAAGUCACGACUGGACUGAACUGGCCUUUUUAUCUUUCCACUAUAUCAUGUAAGUAGCUGCUUUCUUGUCCUGCCUCCCCUUCAGGCAUCCCUAAAGCUCACUCUGAAGAUGUUAGAAACAAACACAAAGUCUUCGAGUUAGAAGUUGAUCUUGACACUGACAUGAAGGCAAGCAUUGAUUUCAUACGAACAUUGGAGAGGUGGUAAUUGGAGAAAACAGUUCCCCAGAUUGUAAGAGUUAACUGAAGAUAUUGACACAAUUUUAAAAAAUCAGUAAAGGAAUGUAUAUAAUAUUGCUCUUGUGUUUUACAGUAAGAUUUGUUGCUCUCAGACUGUGUAAAACAAAAUUUAUUCAUGUUUUCUGCAUAUUAAAAAAAUCUUAUUGUACCAAUUGGUAAACUAUUAAAUGCCUAUAAAACUA